AUGUUGGUGAAUUCAGUCUCCAUUGAUAGCGCCAAGGAUUUAGUUAUAGUAAAGGGGAUCAUUGACGUAAAACAGCUCACUCCUUAUCUUAAUGAGAAGCUUAAACACACCGUCGAAGUUGUUCUGGCGAAAAAAGACGACGGAGCACCACCCGCGGCGGCUCCAGCCAGGGGAGAGAAGAAAGACAAAAGUGCUAUUGAAAAGAAAGAGAUUAAAGAUGUCGGAGAAAAGAAAGUCGACGGUGGCGGUGAAAAGAAGAAAGAAGUUGCGGUCGGAGGAGACGGUGGUGCUAUGGUGGAUAUGAAGAAAACGGAGUAUAACGGUUACGGUUAUCCUCCACAGCCGAUAUUACCACCCACCAGGAGGACAAGUAUACGGUCAACAACAACAGCAUUACAUGCAAGGCCAAUCGUCUCAAUCCUAUGUACGUACAAGAACCAUAUACGAACCAAACACGAAUCGUAUGAGAAUCAAGGUUACGGUCAAGGGUAUGGACAAGAAGCACCACCACCACCUUAUAUGAACCACUAA